AUGGGAGGAAAAAGUGAGAAGGGGGAGAGCAUGGAAUGGACAACCCAAGACACAAAGAUAUUCAUUGAUAUUAUUUAUGAUCGAGUGAAAAAAGGGCAGUUGCAAGGGUCAACAUUUAAGAAAACAAUUUGGGAAGAAAUAAACAUCGAGUUGCAAAAGACAAGUGGAGCACCCCUACCUGAUGGUGUAGAAAGGCUGAAGGGAAAGUUUAAUCGGCUACGCCUUCAACAUCGUGAAUUUUCAACUUUGAUAUCUCGCACAGGAGUUACAUGGGAUCCUGAGGCUAACAAAGUGAAUGCUCCUGAAGAAGUAUGGGAAGAGAUGUAUAAGAAAGGAAAAUUCUACAAGCAGUUUAAGAAACAUGGAUUUGAGCAUGACUAUUAUAUCCUUGGUGAGAUAUUUAAUUCUAGUACAACAACUGGAAAGUUAAGUCAAGCUUCUACUCAAGAGCCACCAAACUCCGAUGAAGAGAGAGAAAUAGAGGAAGAUUUUCUCUCAAAAGGUGUUCAUAUUGAUUCUAAUGUUAUUGAUGUUGAUGGAGAGGAUCUGCAAGAAGUUAGUAAAAGGAGAAAAGUCACUGGGACUUCUAGUGAACAUCGUCGUAAGGAGGCAAAAAAUUCAAGGUUGGAUGUGUUAGAAUCAGCUGUGACCAAAUGGUCUAACACAAUGGAUGCAAGGGCAGAUAGAUAUAAAAAUGAAGCUGAUUCUUCUGCAGACGCAUGCAUUAAAUUAUUAGAGUCCAUGGAUGGUAUUUUCCCAAAAGUUUUCAGCAUUGCCGUGGAGAAGUUUACAAAUAAGGAUUUGAGAAAAAUGUUUAUAGCAAUGUCUUCAAUUAGGAAGAUGGAUUGGCUAGCAUCUCUUAAGUAG